AUGCAGCCAGGAGUGGGCAAUGCAGUGCUGAAAGCAGCACUGACAACAGGCGCCCUGUCGCUAGCUGGAGACAUUCUGGCCCAGUCUUUCGCACACCACCAUGGGACGGGAGUGCCUGGGCAGAGCAAAGGGAUUGAUGCGGUGAGGGCUGCCCGCAUGGGCAGCUUUGGCUUUGCUUUCUAUGGCCCCUACCAGCACUAUUGGUACAAGCACCUCGAUAAAUUGUUCCCCACAAAGAGCGUGCCGCACUUUGCCUCCAAGGUCUUCUUGAACCAAGCUGCCCUCGGCCCUGUGGUGUUGAGCGCUGUGCUGCUGUGGAACUUUGCAUUCACCAAGCAGCUGGAGAAGCUGCCGGAGAAAGUCAAGCGCGAUUUUGUGCCAACCCUCAUCAACGGGUGGAAGUUUUGGGUGCCAGCGUCCAUGGUCAAUUUCUACCUGGUGCCACUGCAAUACCGGGUCCUCUACAUGUCCACCUGUGGCCUCUUCUGGACCGGCUAUUUAUCCUACACAUCUAACUGA